AUCUGUAUAUAGUUUGUGCAUGACGUGUUUUAAUAAUAGUACAUACAUAAUAUUAGUCACAAAUGUAAACACGUUUACCUUUGAUUGAUAUCAUACUAACUUUAGUGUAUUUAUUCAAUUUGCUAAUUUAACAUCACAGCUCUGAAUUAGGAACAUUAAAUUGUUAUUCUGAAGAGAAUAUCUCUUCAAUUGUUUAAAAUUUAUUUUUAUGUGAGACAAGUAAUUCAAAGUUCAGCCAGUUGUUUUGUUUUGAGAAAGCCGAUAUUUUUAUGUAAUUUGUGAUUGGAGAGAAUUUUUUACCAUAAUGUCAGGAUAUCCAGGUCAAACACCAAUUAAUCCUACACCAACGCAACCUGGUUAUUAUGGACCACCACCAGGACAGGCAGGCUACCCAGGGUACCCUGCCCCCAACCAAGGUCCUUAUCAGAUUGGAUUCAAUCCAUACACAAAUCAACCAGGUCAACCUGCACCAGGCAACCCCCCUCCUAGUGCAAUGUCAUAUCCUGUUCCACCACAACCUUCAGCACCACAACCAUCAGCACCAGGCUAUGGUUACCCUGGUGUUCCAAGUGUGACUCCUCAGCAACCUGGUUACCCAAAUGUUACUCCGCAGCAUAUGGGUUAUCCAAAUGUAACCCCACAGCAACCAGGGUAUCCCAUUGUAACACCACAAGCAUUAACAUCGGUAGUGGAGUGGAUUCAUACCAAUCCAACUGGUGCAGUUGCGCUCGUGGACAAGGCAGUUGUUGCAGGCUAUGAAGGUCACGAUGGGAGCCCGCUCUGGGUGAUCCGAGCUCGGUAUGAAGGAGACUUGAUACCUGGAAAACUCGCCAUCAAACAUCGUGUUGCUUAUGUUGCAUGGGGCGGUAGGGAAAACUCUGUGCAAAAUAUUGAGGUGCUAUGUGCUCGUCCGGAAAGAGUGAGAUGGGUGGAGAGUAGAGAUGGCGCAGUACCACCUAAUGCUAUUACAGCGGGUAAUACAUCAUCAGGAGAACCUUUGUUUGUGGGCAGAGCCAAACAGCAGGGAUCAUUGACUCCUGGCAAGGUUCACCCUAGCCACAAAGUCCUGUACAUAUCUUUUGCUGGAAAUGAAGUACCUCAUAGAGUAUAUGAAGUAUUGUGUACCGUCGCAGAUUUCAACAUAUGUUUUUUCGUUUACAAGCGAAAUUAUAUUUAUUUUAGUAAAGUUAAAAAUGCAAAAUAUAUCAUAUCAUCACCAGGAUAUAUGGAACACCAAUCAGAAGAGCGUCAGUACAAAAACCGUACCGGGUACUGUAUAUUUGCGGUAGUGCAGUGGAUUCAUGCCAAUCCUACUGCUGCAGCCAGUCUCGUAGGGAGUGCAGUUGUUGCAGGCCAUGAAGCUUAUGAUAAGAGCGCUCUCUGGGUGAUCCGAGCUUGGCAUGAAGGAGACUUGAUACCUGGAAAACUGGCCAUCAAACAUCACAAGGCUUACAUUCCUUGGUGGGGUAAAGAACACAUUGUGCAAGAUAUUGAGGUGCUAUGUGCUCGCCCGGAAAAAGUGAGAUGGGUGCAGAGUGGAAAUGGUGCAUUAGUAGCUAAUGCUGUUGUAGCGGGUAAAACAUCAGCAGGAGAACCAUUGUUUGUGGGCAGAGCUAAACAUAAGGGAUCGUUGACACCUGGCAAGGUUCAUUCCACCCACAAUGUCCUGUACAUAUCUUUUGCUGGAUGUGAAAUCGCUUAUAGAGAAUAUGAAAUAUUGUGUACCGUCUAAAAGUAUUCAGUUAUUUCAUUACUUUUUCAUAAAAACGCGAACGUGCUAAAAUCAUUUUAACUAUAGUAGUGUCGUCAUUAUAUGUACAUACCAUAUAUUUUCCUGACGUUAAUGAGUUUAUGAAGAUCUGCUAUCAGUAGCAUGUGACACCAUAGAUAUUGUUUGCAUAUGUAUUCUAUACCGACCAACUAUUUUGACACGUGUUGAAAUCUAAACAAGAGGCAUUAUUAGAUAAUCAAUAGAGUUAAACCUAAUGUUGACUUUUCAACGUCCACAUUAGUCUGGAUGCAGAACUUGAAUUUGAAGUAAUUGUAAGAGGAUAAAAUACCAACUUAGUGACGUUUGUAGAUUUAUUAAAUAAUGUGGUUAUACCUACCUACUGUAAAAGAUCUGUUUAUAUUUAUUAUGUGCAAGUAUCUCAUAAUCGAUACGAGAAAAUUAGAUCUCCUUAAUGUUAAAUAAUCAUAUAUUUUUAGUAAUAUUUAAAUGCUUUGAAAAUGUAAAAGAGAAAUAGAACUUUAUAAAUGUACUCAUAUAUUUUUUUAUUGCAUCCUAGCAUUGUAUCUUCUUAAAUAAAUAUUUUAUUUUUCA